AUGGAUAAUCACACCUCUCAUGUGGUUGAAUUUGCCAGACAAAACUCCAUCAUAAUAGUUACAUUCCCACCACACUGCAGUCAUAAACUGCAACCACUGGAUAUCACAGUAUAUGGGCCUUUCAAAACUAGGUACCGCACUGCCAUGAAUGAAUGGAUGUUGACGAACCCUGGAAAAACAGUUGCUAUUUAUCAAAUUGGGCAAUUUGUAAAAGAAGCAUAUUUGUCAGCUUUCAGUCCACAGAAUAUAACACAAGGAUUUUUGAAAACAGGAAUUUAUCCAUUAAAUUCUAAUAUAUUUAGUGAAGAAGCAUUUUUAUCUUCAUAUGUGAGUGAUAGACUUGAUCCGCAGUCAAACGAUGGUUUGAACUUGUAUAAGGAAAGUAUGGAAAGAAACUUAGAAACAACACCUCCAUCUUCUACAAAAUCGCUUGAAGCUGGCGAAGAAAAUGAGCUUCUAAUAGAUCAGAAUAUCAGACUCUCUCACCGUUCAACCUCCACCCCCACGGCUGCAAAUCCUAGUCAACGAAUUAUAUCACCGGAGAUGAUAAGACCAUUUUCUAAAGCGGGGCCAAGACAAAACACGAAACGAAAUAAUAGAAAAAUGUCAUCUGCUAUCGUAACCGACUCUCCCGAAAGGAAAAAAAUAGAGGAGAAAGAGUAUAGUGCAAAGAAACCAAAAGUUACUGUUAAGAAAAUGACUACAAAAGACUCCAUAAAAACGCUUAAAACAAAAUCAGAAAUAAAUAAAGAAAAUUCCGUUCUGCAAGAUGAAUCUGAUUCGUCUGACUCUAUCGUAUUGGCUGAAUUAAAAACAAAGGGUGUUCGAAGCAAAAUAAACCCAAAGACAAAUAACAAUAGUGAUGAUUGUGUAGUAUGCAGCAAAACAUAA